UUAAUGUUACAGCGAGCGAAUUGUGCUGCAUUGUUGUAAUAAUCAAGGACAUAUAUAUUUCAAGGGCACACGUAGAUAUUAACCUAUACAUUUGUGCCGUAACGAGUCCUCUUUUCUGCAUUUUAUGUGCUGCUGCUUUUUAUGUCAUUUAUGAUUCUGUUGGUGUUGUACUCGGCUUAUUCAUUACCAUAUAAACUUCACUAGAGUUUCAACAACAGUUUUACCAAUAAGAGCAGUGGGUGGACACUUAUAUAAAGCACAUACACCCGGGUAACGGUGACCUGGUUUGUCUUCACUUGAUCUUUGCGGUCUGCGACUCCCCCAUAUUGCUCUGUGCAAACAUGGCAAGAAUUGGCAGGCUGUCCACCAAAGGCUCAGUGCUGCUACUGUGUGACAUACAGGAGAAGUUCAGACCCACUAUUUUCCAGUUCACAAACAUUGUGAGCAAUGCCGCAAGAUUGCUACAGGCAUGUAGAAUCUUAAGCAUCCCUCAGAUUUUAACUGAGCAGUACCCUAAAGGUUUGGGCCCCACUGUUCCUGAGCUGGGGGCCGAGGGCUUGAAGCCUCAUACAAAGACCAGUUUCUCCAUGCUGACGGAGAGUGUGGAGAGCGCACUCAAGAGCCUGGGAGACCCUCAGCAAGUCAUACUAUGUGGCAUCGAGGCUCAAGCGUGCAUUGCGUGUACAACCUAUGAUCUUGUAGAGCGAGGCAUGGAGGUUCAUAUUGUAGCAGAUGCUGUCUCCUCUCGAAGUCAGACAGAUCGUCUUUUUGCACUGUCACGACUGAAGCAGAGUGGGGCAUUUCUCACCACUACAGAGGGAGUUUUAUUACAACUAGUGCAGGAUGCCAAGCACCCCAACUUUAAAGAGAUCCAGAAGCUCUUGGCUCAUCCCUCUCCUGAUACAGGCCUGCUGGCCUUCUUCAGCUCUCUCUAGGGCCAGUCACACACCCUGCAGACAUAAUUACAUAAAUUACUUGAAAUCAGCACAAACCGCUCUUUGAACCUGUUGGACUCGUGUGAGCUCUGAGCAUUUGUGUAUUCAAAUAAAAUUAUUUACAAAGAAAUAAA